AUGGCACGCUCUGCAGCCAAGACAUCUGCGCUCGUCGCAUCUACUAUUGUUUUCACUCUUGGUGCACAUGCAUUUCCACGCGGAGAUACAGCUCACAACCCAGACAAUCCCAACCGACACUUGCUCGCCCGUGCCAUCACAGCCGAUACCUCCAAGCUCGAUGGCAAAACUUUCGAUUUCGUCAUUGUUGGCGGUGGAACAGCAGGUCUCGCCAUGGCUUCUCGAUUGACAGAGUACUCGAAUAUGACAGUCGCUGUCAUCGAAGCAGGUGGUGAUGGUUCUGACCACGCAGAUAACAUCAAUAUUCCCGGAUAUUCAUAUCUCCACGGAUUAACCGGCAGCGAUGCAGAUUGGUCAUACACCAUCACAAACCAGUCCAGCGCCGGGAACCGUGCGACUAAAUGGCCUCGAGGGAAAGUCCUUGGAGGCAGUGGUAGCACAAAUGGCAUGUUCUGGGGUAUUGGUUCGGCACACGAUUGGGACGCAUGGUCUACGCUCUUCCCUACUUCUUCGCCGUCCUACAACUCUUCCAAACUUCCAAACGGAACGCCAGCAUCCUUCCCAUGGACAUGGACCCAGAUCCAGCAUUACCACAAAAAAUCAGAGACCUUUCACGCUCCUCCUGCUGAACAACAAUCCAAAUAUGGUAUGAUGAUCGAUGCCGACGCGCAUGGAACCUCGGGUCCGAUCCAAACAACCAUGAGCGAAUUUAUCUACGACCCGGUCUCUAAUUGGGUUCCCACGCUCGUAAACGUGGGCAUGAAGAAAGGUGACUUGGCGAGCGGAGACACCAAUGUCGCGACCAUUACUCCCAGCACCUUGAACCCGAGCAACUUUACAAGGAGUAACAGUCUUGCCGGUUACAUUACCCCCGUGGGACCUCGGAGCAACCUUGUGAUUUUGACCGGGGUACAAGCGACAGGUCUUGUGUGGGGUUCCAAGAAAAACGGCGGCGCUGUUGCCACGGGUGUGAAUUUCGCUGCAAGUGCUGGUGGUCAAACUUAUUCAGUCAAAGCUUCCAAAGAGGUUAUCCUAUGUGGUGGUGUCAUUGGUUCUGCCCAAUUGCUGCAAGUUUCCGGAGUAGGACCGAAGGCUCUCAUGGACUCUCUUAAAAUCCAAUCAGUCGUUGAUCUACCAGGGGUUGGCCAAAAUUUGCAGGACCACGAGGCCACUACGGUCACUUGGUCCGUUGACGGGGCAACAUGGGCCGACCUGGCGGGCAACGCCACGCUCCAAGCAGAACAGCUCGUAGAAUUCCGAGAGUCUUCAACCGGGCUAUGGACAUACAUCAACGAGGCAGUCGCAUAUCCAAAUAUCCAGAAUAUCAUGGGAACAUCUGCCGAUACCUGGAUUUCCUCUGUUUCUUCCCAACUUUCCAGCGCUCUGUCGUCGCUCUCGACCGCCCAAUCCCUCGAUAGCACCGUUCUCAAGGGAAUAACUCAGCAAUUCAAUAUUCAACUCGACAUGCUCAAGAACGGUGUCGGUCAAUUAGAAAUUAUUAUGACUAUGCUUGCGGGUGCUGGAAACGUUGGUAUUCAGGUUGCCCAGCAGCACGCGUGGAGUAGAGGAGAACUCAGGAUCUCUAGCGCGAGUAUCUGGGACUACCCUACUAUCAACCCGAACUAUUUAUCGAAUGGGUGGGAUGUGGAUAUUAUGAACGCUGGGAUCAAGUUUGUCAGACGCGUGGGUUCGACCGAGCCAAUGAGUUCCUACUUGAAAACCGAGGGUGGCGGAACAAGCGCGGCAACGACAGACGCGGCGAUCAAUAGCUACGUCGCCAACAGUAUUGCGACCGGUUAUCACCCCAUCGGCACUUGCUCCAUGCUUCCGCUCGACAUGGGAGGUGUGGUCGAUACAACCCUGCGCGUGUACGGGACCACCAACGUGCGCGUGAUCGACGCGAGCGUGAUGCCGAUCCACGUGACCGCGCAUACAAUGGCCCCGGCGUACGCGAUUGCCGAGUACGGUGCGGAUAUUAUCAAGAUGGCUUACUGGCCUGUGCCUCCCUCGGCUUCGACCACAAGCUCUAAGGCUGGCGGUCCUAGCGGCACCCCUGAUACGGAGACUGGUGUCGCAACUGGUGGGUUGUCCCAAACCCAAAGGACGGCUGCCAUUGCAGCGUCGAUUGGUGGUGCGGCUGCUGUCGCUGCCUUGAUUGCCGUUUUGUUCUUUAUUCGCAAGCGAGGGAAAAAGGCAAAUGCACAAGAAGAUGCUUAUUCUGGAGCGUAUGCUACCGACCAACGCCGUUCCGAUCUUCCCAUGCAAACCCUUUCUCAAUCCGACCUCAACGCCCCGAUUGCUCCAUUCAAGACAGGCGGGAAGCCCGACUACCGUAUGUCUGCGUCGACCAUGGAUACCGCGCAGCUACACGCUGCUACUCCUAUGCAAGAGCACCAACACUUGCACUACGAUGACCCUCAUUCUCCUGGGUACGCCUAUGGCUCUCAGACAUUUAAUCCAUACACCGACGCCAGCGCACCUGGCACUCCAUACAUGGGCCCUGCACCUGGGCUUAAUCCCGGCAAUCCCCAUGAGUAUCAAUAUGUGAGCGGUAGAGCCUCCCCAGGAUCCAAUACUGGUGCUCGGAUAUGA